AUGCGAUCAUCGACUCUUGCUUUCAGUACCUUCAAGAUCGGAUCGGAUCGCAGACGAGCGUGGAGGAGGAGCUGGAUAGGCUGCGAGGGGACCGCGAUUUACCGAAAUAAGAUUCAAGAUGUGGUCUCCGCUUCCAACCAAGCACAGAUCAGAGAUUGUAGCGAGGCACUGGAUGAGUGGAUGCAGCGGCUACGAGAUGCCAUUGAUGAUGCAAAUGAUUUGCUCGAGGAGUUUCAGUACUUGGGGCUUAAAGAGCAGCUAGCCAGACCCAACGUGGAAAAAACUGAAUCAAAAAAACGAGGCUUCAUCCCUCCGCUCAUUUGGGAAUUGGCUCUCAAAUUUCGCAGAGUUGGGGAUGGUGUUCUCCAAGAUGAUCCCAACUUGAAGAGAUUGAAGGAGGUUGUGCAGAAUCUCGAUAAAGUUUCGGCUGAGGUGAGUAAUUUUUUUCAAAUUUUAAAAUACACAGAAGAGAAAAGGCAGCAGCGGCAGCAGUCGGCUUCCGACGAUCGUGAAAGGGGAUCCUACCCCGGACCUAUUUUCAUCGGUCGGGGUAGGGAAAAAGCUAAUGUUAUAAAGUGGUUGGGGCAGCCAUCAAAUCAAGAUCCAAGUGACUCUGAUUUAUACAACAACAUUUCUCUUUUGUCUAUAGUUGGUCAUGGUGGUAUGGGGAAGACGACUCUCUUGCAACAUGUCUUUGAAGAUGUGAAAAAGGAAUUUGACCUUAAGAUUUGGGUGUGUGUUUCCAACAACUUUAAAGAGGAAGAAGUCAUUACUGAUAUGUUGAAAUAUCUUAAUCAAUGGAAGCCUCAUUUAAUGAAACUUCCUCCUCUUCAAAAUACACUUAAAUUUGUGAUGCAGUCCAAGAAGUUUUUGCUUGUUCUGGAUGAUGUUUGGGAGGAGGGGAGUACUACCAAAUGGGGGAAUGUGCUCUCCCCUCUGGCUAAGGGAAGUUUGGGAGGUAAAAUUUUGGUAACAACCCGGACUCAUGCAUUCGGUGCAUUCGGUGUUAAAGAAAACAGUAGCCGUGUUCAUAAUGAGUUAGAGUGCAUUGCUGAAGAGAUAGUUAAAAAGCUUUCCGGUUCUCCCUUGGCCGCAAAGGUCAUUGGCUGUGUUCUGAAGUCUGAAUUGACUCCGAAGCAUUGGGAAAGAGGUUUGAAUAAAAAUAUUGAAAGCUUACCAUCACCGCCUGGCCAGAAUAAAAAUACAAUCAUUACAGUCUUAAGAUUGAGCUAUUCCAGCCUCCCAGAACCUUUAAAAAAUUGUUUCGCAUUCUGUGGUAUAUUCCCACAAGGUCAUCUAUUUGAUAAAGAUGAUUUGGUUCGAAUGUGGAUUGCAUUGGAUUUUGUCCAGCCGCCUUCUAACCCAGGAGACACUAUCGAAGAUAUGGGAAGAUGGUAUUUUGAUACUUUGGUCAAAAUAUCUUUUUUUGAUAAGAAAAACUCGACAUUUUAUACGAUGCAUGACUUAAUACAUGCAUUAGCACGGGGUGUUUCUCAGAAAAAAUGUUUUAGGUUUGUGGAGAAUAAAGAUUUAUCUUUUGAAAUUCCUGAAACUAUUCGACACUUAUUUGUUGACAUUACAAAUCUAGAUAUGCUGAGAGAGAUUACAAAAUUGAAACAUUUACGUUCGCUUUUUUUGACCUGUCGAGAAGAUCAAGAUGAAAAUUUAAUGGAUGUACUUGCUGAAGGUUUCAAAGCAUUGAGAAGCAUUCGUGUGUUAUUCUUGUCUUUUCCAUAUUUGAAAGUGGUGCCUGAGUUAAUAAAAAAUUUGAUACAUCUCAGAUACUUAAAUUUUUAUAGAACCCCUAUCACUCUGCUACCAAAGGCUCUUUGCAAUCUUUAUCAUUUGCAGUUUUUUAUCUUUAAUUCAGUACCUAAAUGUGCAUUUUCUGAUGAUUUCAUCCCAGAAGAUAUGAGCAACCUUUCAAAACUACGUUACCUAAAAUUGCCUGGGAAGUUUGUACAUAGGAAUUUAAAGUCACUUCAAAAAUUGGAUGGAUUUUAUGUUAGGAUUAAGAAUGGUUAUAAGAUUUGGGAGCUGAAACAUUCGAAUGACAUUUGUCGAAUAGAAAAAGUGAGGAAUCCAAUGAAUUCUAAUUUCAGAAACGAUUUGCUAAGACCAUGUUCUAUCAGUGACAAAUUAGAUUAUAAGGAAAAGCGCACACAUUUGUCCUUAUAUUGGGGUGACUAUGAUCGCAUAGAUAAGGAAAGAAGUGGUACCUUUGAAUGGGGUUUCUAUGAUCGCACGGAUGAGAAAACCAACUUCCAACAUCUAUUUACAAAUCUUCAAAUAGAUAAGAAAAGUAGAACAUCAAAAAAAGUGGAACCAGAUUCAGAUUUAGAAGUGGUGAGGCUUGAAAAACUUGAACCACCCAACAACAUAAAGGAAUUGUUGAUGCAUGCGCACAUUGGUGCAGGGUCUACUUUAUGGUUGAACAAAGACAAUUCGAUCUUUAAUGUAGAAUACAUCAGACUCGAUAAGUGUUUGAACUGGGAAAUUCUUCCACCUUUUGGGCAGCUUCCUCGUCUCAAGUAUCUUUACCUUCAUAACUCUUCUUAG